AUGCCAUUUGAAAUUUGGAUGCCAAAUAUGACCAAGAGGAGAGUGAGAAGGAACAAACUUGUCACCAUUAUUUUUACUUUUGCGUGUAUGUCAAUCCUUCAGAAAACGUCUUAUGCAGACGAUGCCUUGACUCCAACAUCUUCCAUUGCAGAUGGUCAAGAACUCAUUUCUGCUGGACAGAAUUUUUCUCUUGGAUUCUUCACUCCAGGAACCUCUAAGAGCCGCUACAUAGGGAUAUGGUACAAGAAUAUUACGCCUCGAACCGUAGUUUGGGUAGCAAACAGAGAUCACCCACUAAAUGACUCGAGUGGAAAUUUAACCGUUGCUGCUGAUGGUAAUAUUGUACUUUUUGAUGGAGCAAGUAACAGAGUAUGGUUUACAAAUUCAUCAAGGUCAAUCCAAGAACCUAUUGCAAAGCUGUUGGAUUCUGGUAACUUUGUCUUGAUGGAUGGAAAGAACAGUGACCCUGAUAGUUAUAUAUGGCAAAGCUUUGAUAAUCCAACAGACACAAUGUUACCUGGGUUAAAGUUGGGUUGGGAUAAGAACUUAGGUAUCAACAGAUAUUUGACUUCUUGGAAGAGUGCUAAUGACCCCUCUCCUGGAAACUUUACCUUCAGAUUUGACCAGAAAGAAUUUCCCGAGUUGGUAAUCCGUCAGGGAACGAACAUCACGUUCAGAAGCGGAAUUUGGGAUGGUAUCCGUUUUAAUUCAGAUGAUUGGUUGUCAUUUCUUGGAAUUAGAGCCUUCAAGCCACAACUUUCAGUAACUAGCACCGAGGCAGUGUACUGGGAUGAACCUGGAGAUAGAUUGUCAAGAUAUGAGAUGAAGGAUGAUGGACUACUUCAAAGAUAUAUUUGGGACAACAAAAAUUUUAAAUGGACUCUGAUGCAUGAGGCAAGAAAAGACUUUUGUGAUAACUACGGAACAUGUGGGGUGAAUGGUAUUUGCAAUAUUAAGAAUGUGCCUGCUUACUGUGAUUGCUUGAAAGGGUUCAUACCAAAUUCACCGGACGAAUGGGAUUCAUUUAAUUGGUCUGGUGGGUGCGUCAGAAGAACACCCUUGAACUGCACGCAAGGUGAUGGGUUUCAGAAAUUAAGUUGGAUAAAACUACCCAUGUUGUUGCAAUUUUGGACUAAUAAUAGCAUGAGUCUUGAAGAAUGCAAGGUGGAGUGCUUGAAGAACUGUUCCUGCACCGCAUAUGCAAAUUCAGCCGUGAAUGAAGGGCCUCAUGGAUGCUUGAUUUGGUUUGGGGACUUGACUGACAUUCGGCAGCUUAUAAAUGAAGAGGGUGUACAACUUGAUCUUUAUGUAAGGUUAGCCGCUUCUGAAAUAGGUAUGCAUGGGUUUUGUUUUAACAUGACAUGUAAUGUUUACCCUCAUAACAUGUCUCUAACUUGUUUUCUUUUUUGUUUACAUAUGCAUUCUCUUGAAGAAAUACGUUUUCUAAAACUUAAGCAUCUGUUUGAUUCUUGUGAAGAGUCCACUACUAAUGGAAGUAAAAGGAGAAACAUUGCACUGAUUAUUUCGGUACCUGUGGCGCUGCUGCUUUGUUGUAUCAUUUUCUUCCUUUCUAAGAUGUAUAUAAAACGGAGGACACGUACUGGUUUGGGUAAGAUUCUUAAGAAAUUCAACUUGGCUCAGAUGAUCAACAGAUCAAGUCACAGAAAUCAUAAUGAAGAUCAAGCGUCGCCUAUUUUUGAUAUAUAUACUAUUUUGGCAGCUACAAACAAUUUUUCUAUUGAGAACAAGAUUGGGGAAGGUGGUUUUGGCCCAGUAUACAGGGGUAAAUUGGCUCAUGGACAAGAAAUAGCUGUGAAAAGGCUAUCAAAAACCUCAAAACAAGGCAUCUCAGAGUUUAUGAAUGAAGUUGGAUUGGUAGCCAAACUCCAACACCGUAAUCUUGUGAGUGUUUUAGGAGGGUGCACUCAAGGAGAGGAAAGAAUGCUGAUCUAUGAAUACAUGCCAAAUAGUAGCUUGGACCACUUCAUAUUUGACAGCCAGUUGAACCCCAAAAUUUCUGAUUUUGGUGUGGCCCGCAUCGUUGAAGGAGAUCAUGCUUCAAUAACAACAGAUGAAAUUGCUGGGACAAUUGGCUAUAUGCCCCCUGAGUAUGCAGUAAGCGGGAUUCUUUCCCUGAAGUCUGAUGUAUAUAGCUUCGGAGUUAUAGUGUUAGAGAUAUUAAGUGGGAUCAAAAGUAGUAACUACAAGAUCAAACGUCCAGAUCAUGACCAUAAUCUGUUGGGGCAGGCGUGGACAUUAUGGAAAGAUGGACGAGCUGUGGCAUUUAUGGAUGUUAAUUUAGACCUUACAGCUGUUCCAUCAGAAUUACUAAGGUGCCUGCAAGUUGGUCUCUUGUGUGUUCAAAAGUUACCUGAAGAUAGACCAACUAUGUCUUCUGUGGUUUUCAUGUUGAGCAAUGAAAGCAUAGCACUUUCCCAACCAAAGAAGCCUGGCUUCUUUGAAGAAGAGACAGAGCAUGGGUACAGCGAGAUGGAAAGUUUUAGUAACAGUGCUAUGACUAUAACUCUGUUAGAAGCUCGAAGUUAG